AUGAUCGAUAAGUAUACAAUGAUGACUAAAGCCUUUUUCUGGGUUCUGUUCACACUGGUUCUACCGUGUUCCAGCAUAAAGGAGGAAGAAAGUAUAAAAAAUGAAUGUUUGUGCGACGGACCAUCCUGCAGCAACAGGGAUAGAUGUUAUGGCCAACAGUGCUUUACUUCUCUCUCUGUUCUGAACGGGACGUCAGUUUUUCAGAGGGGAUGCAUUGUGGGUACUGAAGAUGGUCCCAUGCGCUGUGGAAACCCACCAACUCCUGAGCUGGUGGUGAAAUGCUGUGUUGGGCAUUUGUGCAACAUGAACAUCUCCCUGCAGUCCCCAGUAAAAGAUGUCGAACAGUCGGCAGGCAGACCAGUCCUCAGAGACCAGGAGUGUGUAUGUGAGGGAGAUUUGUGUGCACUUGACCAUCGCUGCACAGGCCAGCAGUGCUUUUCUUCUGUGAAAAUGGUCGACGGGGCAGCCGUCCAACAGAAGGGCUGCCUGAGGGACGACAACGAGGGCAGAACCACCUGUGCCACGCCACACUCAUCGCUUCAUGUUGUCAAGUGCUGCCAGGGCCAUCUGUGUAACAUGAACGUUACUGUGCAAGUUCCUGCGAAAGAAGGAGAUAUGAAGUCCCUGAUCGUAGAUGAGCACGAGUGUGUGUGCGAGGGCAUCUCGUGUGUAACAGGGAAUCGCUGCACAGGCCAUCAGUGUUUCUCAUCCCUGACAGUCAAUGCCGGCUCCCCAGUGUAUCAGAAAGGCUGCUUUAAGGUGUAUGAGCAGAGCACAUUGACUUGCAAGACCCCGCCAUCCAGAGAUCAGAUUGUCGAGUGUUGCCAAGGUCACCUGUGUAACUUGAACAGCACUGUGGAGCUUCCCAUCAGAGAUGAGCUGUCCAGCUACAGCAUGACCACACUGGUACUUGCCAUUGUGGCGCCCAUCAUUGUUCUCAUCUUCCUCUCUGCCGUGGCUAUCUUCGUGUUCAGACGCAUUCACCGCAACCAGAUGGAAAGGCUCACAUCCCGAGAUGCUGAAUAUGGAACAAUUGAUGGACUUAUAGCUUCUAAUGUGGGGGAAAGCACGCUGGCGGAUCUGCUGGAUCAUUCCUGCACUUCAGGAAGUGGCUCAGGACUCCCGUUUCUUGUUCAGAGGACUGUUGCUCGACAAAUCACGCUCAAUGAGUGUGUGGGUAAGGGUCGUUUUGGUGAGGUGUGGAGAGGUCAGUGGCAGGGGGAGAACGUCGCCGUUAAAAUCUUCUCCUCCAGAGACGAGAAGUCUUGGUUCAGAGAAACAGAAAUCUACAACACUGUUCUGCUGAGGCAUGAGAACAUCUUGGGCUUCAUCGCCUCCGACAUGACUUCCAGGAACUCCAGUACUCAGCUGUGGCUCAUUACUCACUUCCAUGAAAUGGGCUCCUUGUAUGAUUACCUUCAGCUCAGCACCCUCGAUGCGUCCAGCUGCCUUCGAAUGGCACUGUCCAUAGCAAGUGGCCUUGCACAUUUACACGUCGAGAUCUUUGGCACACAGGGCAAGCCGGCCAUCGCGCACCGAGACCUCAAGAGCAAAAACGUAUUGGUGAAAAAGAACGGACAAUGCUGCAUUGCAGACCUUGGUCUGGCCGUCAUGCAUUUCCAAGACACCAAUGAGUUGGACGUGGGCAACAACCCUAAAGUUGGCACAAAGCGUUACAUGGCCCCUGAGGUUCUUGACGACUCCAUCCAGAUGGACUGCUUUGAGUCUUACAAAAGAGUAGACAUCUGGGCCCUGGGCCUGGUGUUGUGGGAAAUCGCCAGGAGGACAGUCAGCAACGGUAUUGUAGAAGACUACAAGCCACCUUUUCACGAUGUGGUCCCAACUGACCCUAGCUUUGAAGAUAUGAAGAAGGUUGUUUGUGUGGAUCAGCAGAGACCCAACAUCCCAAACAGAUGGUUUUCAGACCCUACUUUAACUUCUUUGGCUAAACUCAUGAAGGAGUGCUGGUACCAGAAUCCGUCAGCCAGAUUAACAGCACUACGCAUCAAAAAGACUCUCACAAAGAUCGACAACUCUCUGGACAAAAUCAAAACGGACAUCUGAGCCUUAUUUGAGAGGAAGAGUUGGACUGUCUUAAAUAAAUCACAAGGGAAAAGACUUAAUGGGUUUAGUGCCCUUAUAGAGGCGCAGACCUGUAUUUAUUUUAAAACACUUGAUGGGACACAU